GAUCGCGUUGACUGUUGCUGAUCCUCACUAAGAGCCAAUACGGAACAGAAUAGCGACAGAAAGGACUAGAGAAUUAUGAUUUCUAUGACAUGCUCCUUAUGACGCAAAAUUAACACCAGUUUACUUGUUCCGAUGUGGAUGAGGCUAUGUGGAUGAGGCUGUGUGGAUGACCGCAUCACAUGCAGGUGUUAACUAUAAAGCUUGGUCAUAAUUAAACGGACUCAACGUCAUCGGUGGGUCGGGUCAGCGAUUGUGCUCCAACCAUUUUCACAGACACUUCAGCACGCCUCGGAAAUCUGUGUUAUGGAGUUCAAGCAGAAGCUUAAGAUUGUGCUGUUUGCCACCAUACUCCUUGUGAUUGUUUGUCUGCUGACCUCUCAGCAAAACCGCACCUUUCUGGUGUUGAAUAAAAAUUGGACAAAACAAAUUGGGGAACAAGUACGACAUAAUGAUGAACAAACCCAUGGACAAUGUCCUGUCUCUGUUUUAAUGGACGGGCAUUGGAAGGCACAUCCUCGGUCUCCAUCGGAAGACACAGAGGCCGACAAUAUGCUAGGAGUUCAAUUUCCCGGAUUUAAAGAUCUUCUAAAUUUCCAAAGAUCUAAUGGACAAUGUGGAAAUGUCACUCAUCUGCAAUAUCAAAGGAUAAGAGCUCUGUGUCAUCCUAAAGGACCAACCCCUUGCUGUUACCAGAAUACAUGUACUAAGAAGUCGGUGGAGGAAUGUGUAUGUCCGAAUUGUUAUGACAUCAGACAACAAAAACUCGCUGAAUAUUCUUCAUGGCUUCCUUCUAAACCAUCAUGUUCUGUUCACUCUUACACACGGGGAGAAAUAUGUGACAUCUUGAAAGGUAGUACAAUCCAUUUUGUUGGAGAUUCUCUGAUGCGGCAUAUGUAUUAUGUUCUUCUGCAAAAACUAGGCGUUCCCUUAAGAGAUAUAUUCGAGCCUCAAGCACCAAAAGAUGAGUGUCAGUUCCAUGGUAUAUUUGCAGAACGCUCAUGUCUCCGUUAUGUAAAAUCUCCAAGAACGGUUUGUGACGGAAAUAAGCUUCUCUCCUACACGAGUUAUUUCUACAGUCAGAAUGGACCGCAGCUUUACCAAGAUACUCUUAAAAUGCUGCAAAAACCCAAAACACUUCUCUUCACCGGAAUAGGGUACCAUGUCCAUUUCAAUCACGAGUCGGUAUGUACACAGUAUAUCAAACCUAUUGCCCAGUUGUUGCAGGACAAAAAGUCAAGAUGGCCAAAGUUACUUUGGCUUGAAGUUAACGCACCAGGGUUUGUUCGAGCUCCAAAAGAUUAUGACAAGGUGGUCGCUGAUGUGAAAGUAUUCAAAAAGAAGUUAGAAGAGUGUCUUCAAUCAUAUAAAACUCCAAUUCUGAAGACAUAUAAUAUGUCCUCUGAUCUUCUCAGUUUUGACGGUGUGCACUACGGAUUUGGCUUCAACUCCAUGAAAAUUAACCUUCUUCUAAGUUUCUUAAGGGAGUGGCGUGAAAGCGGCGACUGGUAGUUGCAUGCAGUAUUGUAUUUGUAUAUUUCUGCUCUACUUACGUUAUAGUAAAUGACUGUAAUCGAAACAAAAACCAUGAGAAAAAAAAAUUGUGCGGGAGUGGGAAGGGAUGACACGCAUUUACAUAUGAUACCCUAGCUUCACAAGCUGCUGUUGAUGAGAUAUUCUGUAGUGACAUUGCAUCUGCUUUCAGAUCAGCAAAUAUGGAUCGUAUGUCAGCAUGGGAAAUAUCAAGUGCUUCUCCUUUAUCUUCUGUUGAUAAUAAUGAAGUUGUUAUUAAUAUAAAGAUAUAUCCACGUGUAUAGAGUAUUUGUUUUCGACACUGGGGCUUUACAAAAAUACGCACUGCACUCCUAUCAUAGAUAAUUUCAGUCUUGAUACGUUUAUUAGAACAGAGAACAUCUAUCUCUGAUUAAGAGGUAAAAAGUAAUUGUACACAGUGUACCGUAUUUUCGUGCAUAUGACACUUUUUCACAUCUGAUGCCACUUUAUAUGAGCAUUUCCUACUAUUAUAAUAUUUUGAUUUGGUUGUUAAGGUAAAAUUAUUAAUAAUGGUUGACAUAUAGUGUUUGUAAUUUUUUUAAUAGGCUUUAGGGUGGGACAUCCAAACACCUCCCCAUCCCCCUGAAGUUACAAAUGUCCCAAGUGGAACCCCCUUUUAAACUGCCCCUGGUUUAAAGUCCCGCCUUGCGAGCUUGUAUUGGAAACUGCAGCCUUCGAUCAAUGAUGGCAGCAAGGAAAAAUUCUACAUAACCUGUUAUAGAGAACAGAAUAUAUAUGUCUUAUCUGGGCAAAUUUAAGGUAAAUGUUCUCUCAUCAUAGAAUAUAUAUUUUAUUUUUAUUCCAUUGAA